GCAUCCACAAGUACCCUUCCAACAUCCUCAACUGUAGCACCAACAUCAUCACCUGAAGCAGCAAAUACAACUCUGUAUGACACCACAACAACUGUCGGUGCAACAACAACAACAACAACUUUGGCAUCCACAAGUAACCCUCCAAUAUCCUCAACUGUAGCACCAACGUCGACAACUGAUGCAGGACCAACCUCUAUGUCUGACACCACAACAACUAUUGGUGCAACAAUAACAACAACUUUGGCAUCCACAAGUACCCUUCCAACAUCCUCAACUGUAGCACCAACAUCAUCAACUGAUGCAACAACUAAAUUUAUGUAUGACACCACAACAACUCUUGGUGCAACAACAACAACAACUUUGGCAUCCACAAGUAACCCUCCGACAUCCUCAACUGUGGCACCAACAUCAUCACCUGAAGCAGCAACUACAACUAUGUAUGACACCACAACUACUGUCGCACCAACGUCGACAACUGAUGCAGGAACAACCUCUAUGUCUGACACCACAACAACUGUUGGUGCAACAAUAACAACAACUUUGGCAUCCACAAGUAACCCUCCGACAUCCUCAACUGUGGCACCGACAUCGACAACUGAUGCAGGAACAACAACUAUGUCUGACACAACAACAACUGUUGGAACCACGUCUAUGUCUGACACCACAACAACUGUUGGUGCAACAACAACAACUUUGGCAUCCACAAGUACCCUUCCAACAUCAUCAACUGUAGCACCAACAUCAUCAACUGAUGCAGCAACUACAACUAUGUAUGACACCACAACAACUACAUCCUCAACUGUAGCACCAACGUCGACCACUGAUGCAGUAACCACGUCUAUGUCUGACACAACAACAACUGUUGGUGCAACAAUAACAACAACUUUGGCAUCCACAACAACUACAACUAUGUAUGACACCACAACAACUGUCGGUGAAACAACAACAACAACAACAACUUUGGCAUCCACAAGUAACCCUCCAACAUCCUCAACUGUAGCACCAACGUCGACAACUGAUGCAGGAACAACCUCUAUGUCUGACACCACAACAACUAUUGGUGCAACAAUAACAACAACUUUGGCAUCCACAAGUACCCUUCCAACAUCCUCAACUGUAGCACCAACAUCAUCAACUGAUGCAACAACUACAACUAUGUAUGACACCACAACAACUGUUGGUGCAACAACAACUUUGGCAUCCACAAGUAAACCUCCAACAUCCUCAACUGUAGCACCAACGUCAUCAACUGAUGCAACAACUACAACAAUGUCUGACACAAAAACAACUGUUGGUGCAACAACAACUUUGGCAUCCACAAGUAACCCUCCAACAUCCUCAACUGUAGCACCAACGUCGACAACUGAUGCAGUAACCACGUCUAUGUCUGACACAACAACAACAACUUUGGCAUCCACAAGUAACCCUACAACAUCCUCAACUGUAGUACCAACAUCAUCAAAUGAUGCAGCAACUACAACUAUGUAUGACACCACAACAACUGUUGGUGCAACAACAACAACUUUGGCAUCCACAAGUAACCCUCCAACAUCCUCAACUGUGGCACCGACAUCCGCAACUGAUACAGGAACAACAACUAUGUCUGACACAAAAACAACUGUUGGUGCAACAACAACUUUGGCAUCCACAAGUAAACCUCCAACAUCCUCAACUGUAGCACCAACAUCCUCAACUGAUGCAACAACUACAACUAUGUAUGACACCACAACAACUGUUGGUGCAACAACAACAACAACUUUGGCAUCCACAAGUAACCCUCUGACAUCCUCAACUGUGGCACCAACAUCGACAACUGAUGCAGGAACAACAACUAUGUCUGACACAACAACAACUGUUGGUGCAACAACAACAACACACCAACAUCAUCACCUGAAGCAGCAACUACAACUAUUACCAACAUCAUCAAAUGAUGCAGCAACUACAACUAUGUAUGACACCACAACAACUGUUGGUGCAACAACAACAACUUUGGAAUCCCCAAGUAACCCUACAACAUCCUCAACUGUAGCACCAACGUCGACAACUGAUGCAGGAACAACAACUAUGUCUGACACAACAACAAGUGUUGGUGCAACAACAACAACAACUUUGGCAUCCACAAGGAACCCUACAACAUCCUCAACUGUAGCACCAACGUCGACAACUGAUGCAGUAACCACGUCUAUGUCUGACACAACAAUAACUGUUGGAACCAAAUCUAUGUCUGACACCACAACAACGAUUGGUGCAACAAUAACAACAAGUUUGGCAUCCACAAGUACCCUUCCAACAUCCUCAACUGUAGCACCAACAUCAUCAACUGAUACAGGAACCACAACUAUGUCUGACACCACAACAACUGUUGGUGCAACAACAACCACAACAACAACAUCUUUGGAAUCCACAAGUAACCCUCCAACAUCCUCAACUCCCUCCAACAUCCUCAACUGUAGCACCAACGUGGACAACUGA